AUGGGUAAAGAGAAGUAUUAUGUUGUCCUCGUUGGACGUCAUCCUGGUAUAUACUUCACAUGGGACGAUGCACGAGUAGAAGUGGAGGGAUUCAGUGGGGCCAGACAUAGGGCCUUCAAGAAUUGGAAAGAGGCUGUGGCAUGCUGGGAAAGUUAUUUCGGAAAGGCUAGGGAACCGUCUAGACCUAUUACAGAUUAUCCUAUUCAUCAGAUUGCUGCUUCAUCUGCUGAGGUGGACAUCCCUCUCACGACCACCUCCUCUAUUCGACAGACGACACAACCAACCAUGGUUGUGGUGGAGAGGGCAACGUCGACUGACAAUCUUGGGCUAUCGGACAGCGAGAAACUCGUGGCCCUUUUGGUUGGCGUUAGCAAAUUGCUAGCAGCAAGCAUCUCUGAUUUUCCUGAAUACGUGUCAGAGGUGAAAAGGAUCCGAACCGUUCAUCCAGUAGGUGCCACCAAACUAUCCAAACCUCCCAAUCACCAAGUGACUUAA